AUGGCCAACACCAGGACACGGAAUCAGCAGAGCUCAGAGCUGGAAGAUGAUUCGGUGGAAGGUGAUUUAGCGGAUCUCCGUUCAAACAUCCCUUUGUAG